AUGCCUAAGGCAGCUAAGGGCACCAGGGGCAAGGGUGAGAGGAAGCAGCGCGGCAAGAAGGACCCCAACGCACCCAAGAGGGGCCUCUCUGCGUACAUGUUCUUCGCCAACGAACAGCGCGACAAUGUGCGCGAGGAGAAUCCCGGCGUCUCAUUCGGCCAGGUCGGCAAGAUUCUCGGUGAGCGGUGGAAGGCCCUGAGCGACAAGCAGCGCGCCCCCUAUGAGGCCAAGGCCGCCGCUGAUAAGAAGCGGUACGAGGAUGAGAAGCAGGCGUACCAACAAGCUCAGGCCGACGCCGAAGAGGAGGAUUCCUCCUGA